AUGCAGAAAACAAACUCAAAUAUAGAGGUGUUAAGGGUGCAAGCACUAUCAAUUCUCUGUACACCUCACCCUUUUCUUGAUUUUUCUUUCUUAGCUCCUAUUCAAGAUAAAGUUGAUCCAUUUUGUGACACAAAGGACCCAAUAAGUGACGACACGUCUUUUGAUUUUGAUGGCUUUGCUUUCAUUCAAGAUAAUCUUGAUCCAUAUUGUAGCACAAAAAUACAAAUUAACAACGAUUCUUUUUUAGAUUUUGAAGUCUUUGCUCCCGUUAAAGAUAAAUCUGAAUCAUAUUGCAGCUCCAAUCAACAAAUUCACAAUAGUGAUGGAGAAAAUACUGAAGAGCGAGAAUUUACUUUUUCAUGCACUGAUGUCCAAGGAAUGGAAAUAUUUGCCGAUGACAUUUUGAAAAUGGAAAAAUGCGAACAUUACUCCCUACUUUUAACCAAUCUCUUCAAUUCUUCCCCACCACAAAUAACAAUGCUUCAAAUCUUCGACCUCCCAUAA